AUCCCAUCUCUAAUCUCUGAAGUGCCAAGAUACGAUUUUUUUUUUUGGCUCCUUUUUUUAAACGUAGGAAACGUACAAACAAUUAUACGAUGGAGAAGGUUGAGGCAGUAAUGGUACCCAAUGUGGAUGCAUAUCGACGCCUGCUGCAUAAGGCGGUGUCGCAGUUACUGGUGGACAAAGGCGCCGGUCAAGCAAGCAACCAAUGCCUGGAGACGCUCACCCAAAUGCUGCAGGCGCUAAUUUGGGAGGUUGGUAAUUCGGCGCACAACUACUGCGAGCUGAGCGGACGCACCAUGCCCACCGUAGGCGAUGUCAGUCUGGCCCUGAUAAACAUGGGCAUCUCGAUUGCCAGCCUGGAUCCGUACAUGCGCAAGGAGACGCACGUUCCCAUUCCCCUGCCGCCGCAGCAAACGCAACAACGCCAGCUGAGCCUGCUCCAGGCGGGCAGCAAGUCCUCGCAUCCGCACUACGUGCCCAGCUAUUUUCCGCCUAUGCCCGAUCCGCACGCCUAUAUACGCACUCCCACACACAAGCAGCCAGUAACGGAGUACGAGGCUAUUAGGGAGAAGGCUGCCUGCCAAAAGCGAGACAUCGAGAAGGCGCUUACCAAGUUUCUUUGCAAGACCACGGAGACAAACAACCUAUUCCCAACUGAAGACAACAUGUUUCCCUUAAUAGCCUGCAAGCCUGCCUUUCCUCCGUAUGCCGCAGCCUUGAAUCCCACAGAUCAGGUGUUUGAUUUCGAGGAGCUGGAGUAUCACUAUCUUGUAGCCAAUCGCACAGAGGAUGUGCCCAGCAAAGAGGAUGGUGAGGAAGGCGACAGCGAAAACGAGGAAAUGGACGGCGACAAGUCCAAGGAGGAUAAGCCCGAGCUGGAGAUCAAGCCCAAUUCCACAACCAACAAGGCUAUUUUGGAAAACCCCAACAUAGAUAAUCCCUAUUUGCGAGCCGCUACUCUGCCCAAGCGAUCCAAGAUCGGGCCGUCUCCUGGCAUUAUGCCUAGCCGAAGUUUGGCAACCACAGCGCCAACGAUUCCAACUCCAUCCACUUUAGAGAUUACCAAAAAUAGUGCUUAAGUGCAGUUUUAACUGCUGAUAGAAAAUUUAUACACUCCGAUUUUAUACUAAUUUCUGUAUGACUCAAAAUCUUCCAAGUGGGCAAUCUGAAAUUUCAAACUCUGAUUUUUGAAAUUUUGUUUAUACUGUUUUCAGUUUCGAUAAUCGGAUUUUGAAUUUUUAGGUGGUCCACUAGAAGAUUUUUAUUCAUACAAAAAUUGAUCAAUGAAAUGUGUCACGUUCAUGAGGACGUUUAUAUGACCUUUUCAGGGCUUAUUGCAGCCAAUCAUAAAGAUGUGUUACGUUCAUGAGGACGUUUGACCUUUUCAGGGCUUAUUGCAGCCAAACAGAGAAUUCCUGUCAAUCUAUAAACGUCUCAAUAUGAUUAGUACCAACCGGUACAUAUUAUAUUAAUAAAGAAUUGAGCAUAGAUGACAAUUUCGACAUGUUGAACCUUUUAGAGCUUGUGCAGCAGGAAUUAUGCUUUAAUCACGCGACUGCCUUUUUUGUUGGAGUACCAAUCUUUGUUUAAUAGUUACUUUUGAUAAAAAAAAUGUUAAAGUUGCGGCUAAGAUGAGCAAGUUAUUGUGCAACAGAAACGGAAACUAAAUUUCGUAAGAAAUGAAAAAGCCAAAAAGUAUGCAUCACUAAAUCAGUGCAAGAGAAACGCAUGUGGAGUAAGAUAUCAACCCAAAAUAUAUUUUUAAAUUCGC